AUGUUAGGAGAUCCAGCUCGGCGUAAUCAGAAGCUCAGAUGCACCUAUCAUCAAGACAGGGGGCAUAUGACUCAGAAUUGCAAAGUACUGAAGCAACACCUGGAAGAUUUGGUAGCAGCUGGACACCUCCGAGACUACGUUGAUCAGGAUAAAGCGGUGGCCGAACAGGGGAACCCGCUACCAAAAUCGAACGUCGAACACCCUCCUCGACUGGUAAUAAAUGUGAGCCAUGGAACAAUAACCCAGAAGCGUGAAGAGGCACUGAAAGAAGAAAUUGCUAAGGCUGUGCAAAUUCAGCAAGUCAUGUCAGUAGGGCCCGUGCCGAAAAAGGUACGCAUAGUACCCAAGUCCCCCUUGUGCACUGUUUCAUUUACUAGAAAGGAUUUAGAAGGCAUUCAACACCCAUAUACCAAUGCACUAAUUAUAACUAUGGGAAUUGGGAAACUGUUCGACGUGAAAUGA